AUGAAUAGAGAUACAGCUGAUGAAAGUGAUAACAUUAUUCGGGAGAGAUCAAACGAAAAUAAAUGUGAAUCAAUAGAGAUAGAACAAAUAAAUAAAAAUGACGAUGAUUUAUUUAAUGAACAAUAUUUACAAACUGAUCAAAAAAUCGGGUUGACAACUGAAGAGGCUGAGAAACGUUUGAAAGAAUUUGGACAAAAUGAAAUUACUGAAAAAAAGCAGUAA